AUGGGGAUGGAGCUGUUGCCAGAAGUGGUUAGCAGACACCUUGACAAGAAGCAGAGCAGCGAUCAGAUACAGAGGGCCGUAAGAAGAGCUAACUAGGGGCUUGACGAAAAUGUGAAAGCAACUAUCAAAACAGAUCAAUUGCAGGAGGACCUUCACAACGAGCAAUUACCGGAGAAACCGGUACAAGAAAGAGAAGAAGCUAAAGACGGUCAGAUACGA